GCCGGACCGCCGCCCGUAGAGGACCAUGGCUUCGCGUUCGGACAGCGGCAACGAGACCCGCGGGUCCUCGGAGUCUGACAAUUCGCCCACGCAAACGCCCACGCCCACACGGGAGCUCCUGCACCACCACGCCCACCGCGACCUCCACCCGUACGCCCGCGAGAAGCAGCAUCCGUACCAGCAACAGGAGGUUUCUCAGGUGCCCAUUCAGGCGCCGCCCACUUCUUCCUCCACCUCCGGGCCGCCCUCGGUCAGACACUCGUCCGGCGCCCACCGCAUCACGCCCACAGUGCGUUCGACGCCCAUCAUCACCUCCUCGUCCGUCAGAAGCACGGCGACGCCUACGGGCAGCUCCUCCACUAGAACGACAACCACGCCCACAGCUACGCCCUCCCAGAGGUCAACGCCCAUCGCCCGGCCGGCGCUGCCUUCGAGACUCACGCCCUCGUCCUCUUCCUCCACGAGGCUAACGCCCACCGCCCACCACGGGCAAAGGCCGCCCCUCAGGCCGCUCCCGAGGAGACCCCCUUCGUCAGGCAUGGGGUCUGCCGGCUCGGUGCACGCGGGGGCGCCCCUGGGACCCCUCGCCUCCGCCCGGGGUCGCCAGAGGAACAGCGUGGCGGUGGUGGACUCCCGCGAGCACAUCUACGAGGACCUGGAUCUGUGCAGGGGUCCUCCUAAACUGGCGCCCGUCUCUGGAGUGCUUCCGCAGGGCAAGGUGGUGAUCCGCCCCAUCGCCUUCAAGCCGGUGGCGACCCCAGGGCAGCAGGGCGGGGUCUCUCCCCAGGGGGUCCUCAUGGGCGGUUCCCCUGGGAGUGGGGGGGUCACGUCGCAGUCAGGGACCCCCAACACCACGCCCCCGUCGCGCCCCGACCCCCGCUACACCUCCACGCCCACGCUGGUUAGGGGCGGGAUUCAUCACUAUGGGAGCAUGGGCGACCUGAAGACGCUGAGCCACAACAGCUACUCCCUGGACCGGCGGGGGCUGGUGACGCCGCUGUCCUCGCGGGGCUACUACGACCACGCCGACAACAACAACAAGUACAACAGCCUCACCAAGCUCCACAACAACAAGAACAUCUCCAUGAACAACAAGAACAGCAGCUACAUCAGCCACAACAGCAGCAUGAGCAGCAGUAGCGGGAGCAACACGAGCGCCAAAACAACAACAACAACACCACAGCCGCCCCAAGGCUCUGCCCGCAGCACGGACCUGCCGCGCUACGACAGCCUCAAGAACCUCUCGAGCGAGUCCUACCACCACCAGUACCAGUACCACAGCCACCACCACCACCACGCGGCCGGCCCCGGCAGCGGCAGCAGCGGCGGCCUGCACCAGCGCAUGGGUGGCUCCGUGACCAACCUGUCGCGCAUGGGCGGCGGCCACCACACGGGCUCCGUGCAGGGCCUGGACCGGUCCGUGUCCGUCACGGGCUCCAACCCCGGCCUGGACCGCACCAUUCGGUCCCGGGGAGGGUCACGCGAAUCACCGGACGAGCACCACCAGACGCCCUCGCCCUCCGACUCCGGCGUGGCGGAGCUCGAGGCCAUGCUCAAGGAGAAGGACUCCGAGAUCAACACGCUCCGCGAGACCAUGGAGCAGAACGAGCAGGUGAUAUUCAAGGUGUAUGAGGAGAAGGAAAAGACAUGGGAGAGAGAGCUGAAGAAGAUCAGAGACUUGUAUGACUCUCGCCUGAAGGCAGCGCAGCAGAAGGCUCUCAAGGUGGAGCAGCAGCUUACCACCCAAACAUACCAGCUGCAGCAGGAGCGCAGGAAACUGAUGGCGGAGCUGGAGGAGGUGCGGCGAGAGAGAGACGGCCACCAGAGUCAGACGGAGCAGCUGCGGAGAGAGCUGAGUACUCUGAGGACCCAGCUAGAGGAGACAGAGUGGAAUCUCUGUCAGAAGUCAGGGGAGAUCUCCUUGCUGAAGACCCAGCUGAAGGACUCCCAGGGCGACCAGACGACCCGCGGCCACGAGCUGCUGCACCUAAGAGCCCAAGUGAGACAGUACCAAAAUGAGGUGGAGCGGAGACGCUCUGAGAUCAAUUCGCUGCACGACCUCAUGGGUCAGCAGCGCCGUGAAUCUGGCGACCUGCGCUUGCAGCUGGACCAGGCACAGCAGCAGCGCUCCCAGGCGAGAGCACACGACCAGGACCUGCUCCUCCAGGUGGACAAGUACAAGUCUGAGGUCGAAGGCAUGAAGCGGGAGAAUGAGCUGCAGAGACAGCAGUUUGAGGAGGAGCGCAAGAAGUGGACUGAGGAGAAGGAGCGAGUUAUACGCUACCAGAAGCAGCUACACCAUAACUACGUGGCCAUGUUGGGCCGCAACCGCCAGCUGGAGGAGGAGGUGGCUAGGCUGACCGGGGUACCGCUGCCCCCCUUGAAGAACCUCAGCCCCCCCAAACUGCCAGCCGUGUAUGCUGAUAUCCGAGAUGCCCCGACAUCCCCACAAAUCUCCAGUGAGUCUCGAUGCUGACGAGGAACUCGAAUUGUGUGUCAUGCUGGUCAUGUGUACAGUCACAAGGAUAUAAAGUGUAUAAGAAAUGUACAGUCUCAGUGAUGUGUGUAUAAAUAUCAUGGAAAAUAUUUUAAGGAACAAUGGAGGCAUCCAUUUAGAAGUCUUAGAUCUGGUGCAAAGAGGAAACAGGAAGAUGUGAUUUGAACAGGACCUGUGUAAUUCAGAAAAGAAAUGUACCAUAAAUACUAAAAAUCAGAUACUGCCUGGAUUGUCUGUCCUUCUCUGGGAGUGGUACCUUACUGUAAAAAUAUUUUUUUCUCCUAUUCUCUGUUGGACAAGGACAUAGAAGGUGUCUGCUCACCAGUGUUGGUCAUAGACGCUUCUGCAAGUGAACUGAUGAGUAGACGAAUUGGAGGUCGCAAGAAAUGUAGCAUUGUUAUGUGCUGAUGUUCUGGCCUCUCUACCAUGAAGCCUCAGGAUGUGUGCGUGUAUCAGAAAUUGUACAUGUUAUAUAUAUUUAUAUAUAUAUAGAUUUCUAUUCUGUCUUCCUGAUAUUUUUAAUGUUACGGACUGCAGUGCCCAUUUUCAUAUCUCAUCGAGGUCCAAGAAAAAAGGGCAAAAAGACUCGCUGUUUGAUUUAAGAGAUUUAUAUAUAGAUACAAAGCAAGAUGGAAGAUGUUUGUAAUUUUUGUAUAGAAAUUUUUUUUAUUAACUGUAAGAAUUUCUAAGCUAGGAAUACACAGUUUUAGUUUCUAGCCAAAGGUUAUAUUUAGUUGGAAUGUUACACUCAAAUUUUAAAGUUAAGGUUCAGUUGAUAUAGUUAACUGUUUUUACUGUGUACCUUUUCAGUCAUAAUCAUCCGGUUUUAUAGCUUUGAUCUAACUACUAUAGUUUCCAGUUAUUUAUUGCGUAUGAUUUUUUGUGUGGAAAAUUUGUAUUACUAUAUUGGGCCUUUCAGGGGUUAGAUACUUCUAUAAAGGUAUUGUAUUGUAGUCCGAAGUUCCUUCUUUAGUCAAUACAAGAGUAAGCAGGUAAAUUGGUAACAGGCUGACAAAGACAACAAUGUUUUAAGAGAAAUUCAAAUAGAUUAAUGUGUUCAUUUUGCCAGAGAAGUAUCGUGUUCGUACUUGCCUGAGAUGGACUUUUUCCAAAAUGUUGGAACCCACUUCCUUCCUAACAGAUUGAGAUUUUGUCUUUGUACCCUGUUGAAUCUACCUGUGAUGUAUUUUCAUAUUUUAUUUCCUUUUUAUUCAGUUUAAGGGGAAGCCAGCCUUCCCAUUCUUCUUCUGCCGAUUCAUAUUCAGUUUUGUUUUUACGUGCUCAUCAACCUUAAGCUGGACGUGGAUUGCCUUUCUUACAUUUUUCUUUCGUGUACAUACAUUUUUAUGGUGAUUUUCUUGUCAUGACUUUUUUUCUUUUUGUGUUUUCUUGUCCAAUAUAAUGUUUGUUGCAUUUGCUGGUGGUUUUGAACACUGAUUGACCAUCAGGGUUAUAAUUGUCAAAAGGAACAAAUGUCUACCAGUUAUGAGCUGAACGUUGUUGUAUUGAACAAGAACGCUAAUAUACACAUAUAUAUCAACUUGAUGCUCAAUAAUGUAGUAGCACUUUGGUUCUGGAGAGGACACAAUAUAUUUCAUAUAAUUAUAGAUAAAUAAAAGAAAAAAAUAUAUGUCAGGUGUGGAUUGAGAGAACUUUUGUGUAUUUAAACAUCCCAUUUGUUGUUCUCGGGUAAUGCCUUACCUGUCUCAGUUCCCGGAUGUACCACAUAGGAAAAGUUUCUCUGCUCGCUCAGUUACAUUGACACCUGAAAUCUGAGGGAAGUGUGAAGAAGCUAGCACAAAUAAAUGAGGAAUAUAUUAA